AUGGAUAAGGCUGGACUUCCUGAGUCUCUUGGAGGCAUUCGAGCUAAAUCACUGCUACCCAGAACGCUUUUCAAGCUCGAGUGGUCGAUACAACCAUCGAGGAUUGCGAUCAUUUCUUUCAGGUCCUUGGUUUUGCGAAGUGGGGACCUCCUUUCCAUAGAAUCCGAUUCGAAACACUCCUUCCUACGAUGUGACAGCGUGAAAAAUCAUGGAGAUCUUUCGGGGUUGGUCCCUGUGAAACGACCCUCAAAACCACGGUGCGGGCCGAACUCUUCCUCGCAAAAAAUCGCAACUAGUUCAUUCAACUUCACUUAUGGAGCAAGAAAAUAUGUUCUAUCGUGUUUGUCCGGCUUCGUUGCAAACACCGUAGCCAUUUUGACUUCGCAGCACGACAAUCUCUUGACGAUGAAAAGUGAUCCUACUUCAGAACCACCGCAGCUAGAAUGGAGCUAUUGGAAUAAUGCGACGAAAGAUACAAUUACGUGCUCCAUUUUCACUGGCCCAGGUGCCCGCGGCGCGUAUAUGGAUCCUGAGCGCGCUGAGAUCAACUUUAUGGAAGCUACUGGAAACGGGAAUAUUCUCUAUGUGGCUGCUUUAUAUUCUUUAAAAGUGAUUGAAGAGCUUGCCUCAGCUAAGGGCAGCAUCGUGUUGAAGGGUCCGCAAGCCAUCUCCCAGCAGCUUCGGUCUUAA